GUCACAAAAAUAUUGAUGAUGUAUUCGACGAUUUGGGAGGAACACCUGUAAUUACAACCGAAAUCUUACAUAAUUCAACUGAUAUUUCAUCAAAUAUCCAACGAACUUCACAACACCAGGUUCAUGAACAAGAAACGACAACGACACAUGCAACUCAACAGGACGCAACCAUAGGAGAAAUCACAUCUAGAAUGGAAGAGAUGAGACUCUACGAAUCAACUCAUUAUAUUGGCGAAGGUUCAUUAUUAAUGAUUAGUGAAGAAGAUAAUGGCGAGAUUUUAUUACCAAAAGACCAACCAAAUCUGACGGAAGUAGAUGAUUCUCUAAAGAUUUUACCCAAUUUUGAAACUGUACUUCAACUUAUUAAAUUGUAUUUUAAGCAUAUCCAUCGAUAUUUUCCAGCUUUGAAAGAACAAAUGGUCUGGGAUUUGUUAGAGGAUUUAUCCAAACCACAACAUCUAUUGUUAUUGAAUGUUAUAUUCUUUACGGCUUCUCCGUUUCACGAGGAUUCACAAAAACGAGACGGAAGGAUUUACUUCGAUAGAGCGGAAGCCUUACUUUAUGAUUAUUGCACUCAGCCACAUGUCUUGACAGUCUUUUCCAUAAUUAUUUUGGGACGUCACAAUAAACAGGUUGGAUCAAAUUGGAUGUACAACGGAAUUGCUUCUAAAAUGUUACUUGAACUAGGAUUACAUCGAAAAUUUAAAAAUCUAAAAAAACCAAUAAAUGAAAAAGUAGAACAGUUGAGGAAUUUAGCUUUCUGGAUAACGUUUAUCUCAGAGAAUUUUUCUUCUGCCACCUAUGACCGACCAAAUAUGAUUGAUGAAAUGGAUUGUAACAUAGACAUUCCUACUAUGCCGCCUGAUUAUCAACCUUUGGAUGAAAAAACACGGCUUGAUAUAGCUUUCAUCCAUCUUAUCAAUCUAACCCUUAUCUGUUCCAGAGAAGAGGAAAACAAAUUCCGACUCUUAGAUGUAGCGCUUGGAAAUUGGUUUCACAAUCUUCCGGACUGGUUAAAAUUAAACGAGAUGAUAAAAGAUCCUGACGGGACUCUGCUGAAUGGGAUAGGUGGUGACAUACAUCUUCUUUUUUACACCAUACUUAUUCUACUUCAUAGUCGAUAUUUAAAUUCCACGAAUCCAUAUCUGGACUCUACUUCGCCCACA